ACUCCAUCUCUUUCUUUGAUCUUUAUCUACUCGAGGACGAGUCAACCCAUCGGAAACUUGGAUCAUAUCGAGUUUCUGUCUCUUUGAUAAUACUAAUACCUGCUACGCCAUCCCUUUCGUCAGCAACUUAAUAAUCAACAUGGCUUCCAUGGAUUACGAGAACGAGAACGGCACUCGUGGAUACGAGGACGAGGCUCCUCGUUACGAGCAACGCGACCGCAGCGCCUCGCCACGCCCCCGUCGCCAGGACAGCCCUCGCCGUCGCUCUGCCUCCCCAGGUGGCAACGGGCAGGUCGAUUCUAGACCACCAAGUGGCCCCAAGAACGACCGUGGCGGACCUCCUCCCCAGGAUGAUGGCGCCGUCAACCCCGGAUCCAACCUUUUCGUCACCGGUAUCCACCCCCGUCUUUCCGAGGCCGAGGUCACUCGCCUGUUCGAGAAGUACGGUGAGGUCGAGAAGUGCCAGAUCAUGCUUGACCCCCACACCAAGGAGUCCCGUGGAUUCGGAUUCGUCAAGAUGGUCACUGCCGACCAGGCCGACGCUGCCAAGGAGGGCCUCCAAGGUGAAGUCAUCGAGGGCCGCACCUUGAGCAUCGAGAAGGCUAGGCGCUCCCGCCCACGCACCCCAACCCCCGGCAAGUACUUUGGUCCACCAAAGAGAGACGACCCUCGCGGCCCCCCACCCGGAAGAUGGGGCGACCGCUACGAUGACCGCCGCCGCGGUGGAUUCCGUGACGACCCUUACAGCUACCGUGGAUCCCGCGGUGAUGACCGUGGUGACCGCGGAUACGGACGCCGCGACCGCGACGACUACGCUCCCCGUGGAAUCGACCGUUACGGAGGUGGCCGCGACGACCGCUACGGUGGACGUGAUGACCGCCGUGGCGGUGGUGGCGGUUACUCUGAUCGCUACGACCGUGGCGACCGCGGUGAACGUGGUGGAGAUCGCGAUGGUGGACGCUCAUCCCGUGAUGCAGCUCCACCAGCCGCCUAUGGUGACCCAGCCCCUCGCGGAGAAGCUCGGGAGCCAUACGGAGGUAGAUACAACGAUGAUGAGAAAUACUCCCAUCGUGGCUAUUGAUCGCUAAUCCUUAUAGGUGCGGAGCGCCCUUCGCGUUAAAUAGCGCACGAUCCCAAUUAUCACAAGAGUCCUUGGAUCUGCGACUUUCAUUGAUGCGGGUGCACUUCCACCAGUUUUUCUUUACGGGUUUCGGCAUCAGAGAUUUAAGUGCGACGGAACGGAUGGGGAAAAGCAAUUUGUUAUAUCAGGGCGUGCUUCGGCGGAUUGGGGAAAGCACGACUUCUCGCGUGACAGGUUGCUUUCGAUACUAUGGAUUCUAAGGUUUCUUUUGUCUUUCAUCAUGGUGCCAUAGGGCAUGCGACUUUCGAUCGAACAGAUGGAUCUCAAACGCAUGGAACGCAGCCUUUAUAAUAGGUUCGCGUCUUGCCCUGGAUCACAGCACGUCUACUCUUCGAUGAGCAUGCACAGCACUUCUUGUACCACUAGCCAGCAGUUCGCUUUCGGCUCUGUCGUUUUCGGCCCAUUAACUCCUGAGGUUUUCGACUUCGUCGUCAAUAGUCCGCCUGAGAAAAAUCGAACCAACUCAGCCUCAACCUACGUGAUCAACCACAGAAAACAAAUGUGCGCUGAAUGACGAUAUAUUCAUAACGUACCUCUUUCGUCGGAAACCGCCUGACUUAUGAUAAUAACUUUCGCCUGCCAACCCGUUUUUAAUCGCUUCCAUUAGUCGCCCUCAACACCUUGUAACUUCGUACUUCUUCCGCCCGCCACGCUGCCGCGCCAUAAUCGUGAUAUCCAUGAUCAGUAUGGAUCCGCUCCCUCGCCUUCUUCGCCCAUUUAUACCGCCUUGACCACCUCCACAAACCUCGCUUUUUCGUCUGACUGCUCCAUUGCCCAGAGCGUUGGCAUAUAAAGGUAACUGAUGUAUAUUUGAGAUCCUGGCUAAUAAAAGGUGGUUAUGUCCAGGAAACGUUUCGGAAGAUUUGCUUUGCUGCUGCAUUCCGCCAAGGACCGGCCAUUCCGUUUGGACAGAUAUCCAAUUGGAUUUCGUCGGGCUUCCGUUGAGUCACAUAUUUGUGCGACGCUGGGGUUCGCUGGUGUGUAUGUGCAACGUACAUAUCACCCGAGACGAAUUUAAUCUGGCUGUUCCUUCACGGCUUUCUCUUGGGCAAGGAAACUUGUCCAUGAUGAUAGUGUCCUUGGAGAAGCCACCGGGCUUAAGAUUCCGCAGACAACUGCCUUUUGCUAUACCUCUGAAUGAAGGAAUGCAUUCCGUUUGUAACACGAGGCUCACAUAAACGAGUCGUGUUCCGUUGCACAACUUGAUGAAGAUCAACUGCCGUGCUGAAGGUAAUGUACUAAAUUAAGCAACUUCUAAUAGAAGGCUGCCAUCUCAUACUUGUUUCUCUAUACAUAUGUAUUUUACAUUUUUCAAAGGACUUGAUCAGUGGGCCUCAAAUAGAUAAUAUAAAACAUCUCAAGAAGAG